UUUGUUCGAUUCUGUUUCGCUGCUCUGGUUUUACAUUUCGUAGGAGAAACAUUUGGUGUGAAAUCGACGCGUGACCCUUGUUGAUUUGUGAAUAUCCUAAAUAAAUCGGUGCAAUGAACGUGUCGCUAGAGUAAUGUAAAGUUUCCCGUGUUGUUGUGUAGUGUUUCGUCCUCCUAGCAAUUCCUUCGUUUGUGUGCGUUGGUGGAGUGAAGAGAGCAUAAAAAACCAUUCAUCCCACCCACCCCCACCAGUGCCAGUGUCCGUCGACAGUCGUGUAAAUAUUUUCGCAAUCUUCAUAUGCGAUCAACACCUUGGUGCGCCACGGUCGUCGAACACAACCACAACGGAGAGCAUCAUCCCAGCUGCGUGUGCGAUGGAGUUGUGAUGUCAUCCGCGAAUUUGCAGACGAGAAUAUCCGGUUCGAUUGUUAGUUUUUGUGUUUAUUGUCUAAUGCUAGUGGUGGUUGGUGGUGCGCAUUCAUCGGCGAUGCUGCAUUGUUGAUUAAGUGUAUCGAGUUCGGAUGUGUGUGUGUGUGCGCGCUUGUGUAUGUGAGAGUUUUCUGUCCCUCUGUGUGCCUGGUCUGCUGCUGGUCUGGGUACAGAUUGUUUGGAAUUGAUUGAGUUGGCGCUGGGUCAUAGUUAGUUUGGUGGGCACGGUCCCAUUCCUCUCGAUCGUUGUUUUCUUCCAAGUGUAUGCGCAUAGUAAACGAGAAGCUGCUGCUGUGUUCCGCGACAGAGUGAAAGAGAGAUGCCGUGCCGUUUAUAGCCGUGUGACGGGGUCAACGAAACGGGCGACGCUGGCCACCCCAGUGUGGAGUGCAUUUAUGAAUUCAUGAGCUUUGGUGGGCAACGACAAUCUCACACUAUCCGUCUUGCGAGAAGUCCACAGCCCCCUGGACCCGCCCAUCGAAACGUGAGGUGAAUAUUAUUACGAUCAGCUCACAGCGACGGAUCAAACUGUGCGAAGCAUAAUUCACCUUGGAGGCCAGCGGAGGUGACGGUUGCUAUUCCACGGUUCAGUGCAUUGCAGCAUAAACAAAAACGCAGCAUCGCCAUCGCGGCGGGUCUCCAAGGAGCGAGGGAGAGCACAUCGGAGAACAAAGAAACGGAACGGAAGAGAAAGCAACAUAGCAGGCCACAAGAUGACGAACAUGCGACCGCCGAGUAAAAACAUACUGCUUAAAGUGGUCAUUUUAGGCGACGGAAAUGUGGGCAAAAGCUGUCUAAUGAAUCGCUUCGUUUCGAACUAUUUCGACGCCAACAGUUUCCACACGAUCGGGGUGGAAUUUCUGAACAAAGACAUUCAGGUGGACCAGGAACGGUUUACGCUGCAGAUCUGGGAUACAGCCGGACAGGAAAGGUUUCGUGCGCUGCGAACUCCGUUCUACCGUGGUACCGACAUUUGCCUGCUAACGUACGCCAUCAACGAUCGGCUAAGCUUCCGAGCGUUGGCCAGCUGGCGCGAUGAGUUCCUCCGGUACUACGACGUCAAUCCGGACCACUUUCCGUUCGUGGUCGUCGGCACGAAGAAUGAUUUGCCGCCGGCACAGCGGGAGGUUACGGCCGAGGAGGUGUCGCAAUGGUGCCAGGAGCACCACAUAACCGCUUACAUCGAAACGUCGGCCAAAACGUCCGAAAAUGUGGCGACUGCCUUCGCGCUGGCGGUACAGCAGUGGCGAAAGCUGGAACGAUCGACCGAGCGGGAAUUGCGCGCUCAGGGACAGGAUACGAUCGAUUUGAUGAAGAGUGUCAACCUGAACGCGAACCGCAAUCGGUUCUGCUGUGCGGGACUGGGCCGCCCAACGGCCAACACGAUGCAGGACGACGACGAUUAUCCGAACUGAGUGUGAUCGGUUCCUGUUGAUAGGCAGGAUCGAUAAGUAUGUGAUAAGAGAUUCUGUUAGACGGUUGUGCGGUGGACAGAAUCAGCAAACGGGACAGCUUUUGUUUCAACUGCUGGCAGCAGCAUGAUUAGGGUUAGUCAUUUCUAAUGGUAGUUGGGUUGUGGUUUGAAAUGUAAAGUAAGCACAAAGUCGACGAGAAGGUUGGAGGAAAUUCUUCUCACGUGUUUUCUCCAUCCGUGCAUCACUUUCAAUGGCGUCAUAAACACGGUGUGAAGUGGAGAAGUGAUUUUGAGAUUUAUAGACACUAUUUGCACAAUCUUUCAACAAAUGGCACAUUGAGUAUUGUGAGUCCGGUCAGUGGCUUUACACUUCCAAACGGGCAGCGUACUAGAACGAGACACAAUUGUACAGAUCUUUACGCCUCAUUGCUUGCGCGUACGUGGCCAGAUGCGAUGUGUCGCGGGUAUUGUGGUUGUUUUUUUAAGCUUCAGCUGGCUGAAGGUACUGGACAAGCGUCACACAGAUGUAAAAACGCAACGGUGGCGCACAAUCUAAAUGAUUGUUCCUCAGUUGGUUGAAUGAAACAGCUAAAAGCAAGGGAUUUAUUUGGAUCCAAUUUUAAGCUGUUUAUUGCGUUCAUAUGUGUAUUUUAUUUUAUGAAAACAAUUCGUAGGAAGUGUUUUGUAUUGGUUUAGUUGAACUAAGCCUGUGUUUUUCCUGUGCACUUUAUACCCAACGCGGUGAUCGCUUUGGUAAAGCAGCAGUGUUAUGAGUGCUUGAGAAUUUUUAUUUAAACAGUCUUUUAUAGAUUGUGUUUAUAUUACUAGUGAAUGCAAUAUUACCAACGGACGGGACCUAGUCGUUGGAUAGUAUUGCUUAACAUUUGCAAUAAUACUAAUUUAUAGCCCAAAUAUUUAUUUCAUAUCAAUUAAUUCUGAAUGUCGCAUGCUGCUAAAUCAAUGCUGUCGGAUUUUUGAAUGAAAGUUGUGUAAAAAGUUCACAAACCACAAGGACGAUCUUGCAAACUAUUUAGAAAGUUUGUAAAAGGAAAGGAGACUUGCAUACAAACAAGGUUUCAGUUUUUUAUAUGUUCAAAUGGUGCUUUUAUUGAAGUAUUGUAUUGUAGAACGAAAUUGUGAGAAGAUAAUGAAGUUAUUUUAUUAGUACGAUUUAUCCACUGCGACAAACCACUAUACAUAAUAUGGUCCAUAGAAAUUGGUGUCCUUUUUAACAUAAACAGCGAUAGAAAAGCACAACAUUAUUUUCGAUGCGUCUAAGAUUAACUUUUGUGCGUACGUUUUUGGUUCAGUUCCAUACUCAUUUAAUGUACACUGUAGAAGCAAAAACAAACUACAUACAAACUAAUAUUUACGUACCUGAUCAAUCUGAAGCGUAGAGCUGAGUGUAAAUGCUCAUCAUUGAACUGGAAAAGGCAACAUUGCACUGUAGACAGUUUUUAUUUACUUUAUUUUCACUGAAAAUCGCUGGAAAAGCUGUUGGAUGUGUACAGUUUACGAUAACACAAUGCACAUCGCCUAAUAAAUCAUAAUUACUAUCCACUUGAAAGGAGAGACUAAUGUGCUAUCCGUCUAGACGUCAGUCAGUAAGGAGAUUCAUUUAAAUGUUUCACACAUUCCGUUUGCGUGUGUUUGUAAGAUAAUUAUAUUUUAGCAAUUUAGGCAGACUGUGCCGUGUGUGGCUUUUCCCGGAAUGCACGUCUUCCCAUUUUUUGGUGCGUCAUUUGUAUUUUGGUGCGCUUUCGUGUGUAUCCUUGGGACAGAGAGCUUAGGUUAGAUUACAUUCAUUAUGCUUAAAGCGCUGAAAAAAUACAUCAGUCGUUGGGACAUGAAAUCGAACCAGAGUGAGAGGAAUGUGUUUAGUGUAGUGAUAAGCAUAUGGCGCAACAAAAUGCAGCCUGGUGCGGUGCAUGGAGUUUUUGAAACAGAGGAUUGCACUGGACAGAUGUAGAGAUAGAUAGAGAGAGAGAGGGAUAGAAGAAGGAUCGUAAAACGCUAUUUUGUAAGCAUUUUCAACUUUGUGCAACCCGUACCGCUGUACAGACACGAUUGUAUAAUAAAGCAAAUUAAAAAUUCAA